GGAGGAAGAGAACCACAUUUUGCCUGAUGUGCCCAGUGCCGUCCCAACUAUCACCAGCACCGCAGCCGCUUUAGCUCAGGGAAUCCACAACUCCAUCCAAAAGGACUACAACUGUACCCAAAAGGACUACAACUCCCACACAGCCACACAACAGGACUACAACUCCAGCGCCUCCAAGAACUACAACUCCCACAAACCCAGCCCCUCCCAGCAGGACUACAACUCCAGCGCCUCUGAGAACUACACCUCCCAGAGCCCACAGCGACAGGGCUACGAUAAGGCUAGCCCAGCGUUAAGCUACAGCUCGCAGCGCGCUAGCUCCCCCCUGGAUGAAUACUACAGCGCCAAAGUGCAAAAGUCGUCCUCCAGCGUGUCGCCAGACAUUAUCGAGGUUGGUUCUGACAAGUCUGAGAAUGAAGACGGUGAUGAUGAAGACAGCCUGUCUCAGAGGUCGGCCAUGACGGAGGAUGAAGAGGAGGAGACAUUCGACAUGACGAGGGGGAACCUGGGUCUCCUGGAGCAGGCCAUUGCUCUGAAGGCCGAGCAGGUCAAACCUCUGCUCCGAGCUCCAGAGAUACUCCACACACACAGACCAUACUACACCAUGGAGGACAGGCCCAAACACCUGGAGGCGCUGAGGAAGAGCUACUUCAGUAAAGAGGGCAGUUCACGCCCGGAGAAAAAGGAGGUGAAGUGCCCGACCCCAGGCUGUGAUGGCACUGGUCAUGUGACCGGCCUGUACCCGCAUCACCGCAGUUUGUCUGGAUGCCCUCACAAAGACCGCAUCCCCCCGGAGAUUCUGGCAAUGCACGAGAAUGUUUUAAAAUGUCCGACUCCCGGCUGCACUGGACAAGGCCACGUGAACAGUAACCGGAACACCCACCGCAGUCUCUCUGGAUGUCCGAUCGCAGCAGCAGAAAAACUCUCCAAGUCCCAGGACAAACAGCACCUCCCUCAGGCCGACCUCAAAGGCUCCAACGAGCGAGUCCUCAGCCCCUCCCUCUUAUCGUUUCGCUCUCCCUCUCCUCCUCAUAGGCCCAUGUGUUUCGUGAAACAAUUGGACACGGCCACUUUUGGUGCUUAUCGGCACAGUGCCCCGCCCACCACGCCACGCGCCAAUCUCGCCAAGGAGUUGGAGAAGUACUCCAAAGUCUCCUUUGACUACGCCAGCUUUGAUGCACAAGUGUUCGGCAAAAGAACUCUGGCCCCAAAGAUCCUCACCAGCGAAUCCUCACCCAAAGCCUUCAAGACUAAGCCCUCUUUCCCUAAGUGUCCCUCGCCCAGCCUGAGCCUCCAUGCCUUCGCCAAAAGCUCCCCGUACGAUUACGCCCAUGACGCCGAGGCCGCACACAUGGCCGCCACCGCCAUCUUGAAUCUGUCCACGCGCUGCUGGGAGAAACCCGAGAACCUCAGCACCAAGAACCAGAACAAGGACAUGGAAAUCGAAGUGGACGAAAAUGGCACUUUGGACCUAAGCAUGAAGAAGCCAAUCAAACGCGAGAGUCCUGCCCCCUCAGCCAAUCAGGCGUCCAACAGUGGGAUGACGUCACCGCCGCUGGGCCACGCCUACAAACACGAGGAGUGGGAGGGGCCUCUGGAUUACACCAAACCGCACCGACAGCGCGACGAAGACAUGGAUGAGAUGGAGCAGGCGGCUCAGUCCUACGUCUCGUCCGAUGAGGAUGACAUCAUGGAGGGUCUGGAGGACAGGAAGUACCCCGGAGAGGUCACGACCCCGACCUUCAAACUCAAGUUCCACCCCAAAGACGCCAAGAAGGAGCUGCUCUCGUGCCCUACUCCAGGCUGUGACGGCAGCGGACACAUCACCGGGAAUUACGCCUCUCACCGCAGAUGCCCUACCCCUGGCUGCGAUGGCUCCGGUCACAUCACUGGAAACUACGCCUCUCACAGAAGUCUCUCUGGGUGCCCGCGUGCCAAGAAAAGUGGAAUUAAAACUCCUACCAAGGACAACCAGGAGGAUUCGGAGCUUUUAAAAUGCCCAGUGCCCGGGUGCGACAGCUUGGGGCACAUCAGUGGUAAAUAUGCCACCCAUCGCAGUGCCUACGGUUGCCCCCUGGCGGCGCGCAGACAGAAGGAGGGGCUUCUGAACGGGACCCCCUUUAACUGGAAGGCGUUUAAGAGCGAGGGCCCCACCUGCCCCACCCCAGGGUGCGACGGCUCGGGACACGCCAACGGCAGCUUCCUCACCCACCGCAGUCUCUCAGGAUGCCCCAGAGCCUUGUUCGCCAAGAAGAAAGCAAAAUACUCAGCGGAGGAAUAUCUCAGCUCCAAGUUCAGGGCCGGAGACGUUCUGGAUAAUGAUGAGGAUAUUAAACAACUCAACAAAGAAAUCAACGACUUGAACGAAUCCAACAAUGAGAUGGAGGCGGACAUGGUCAACCUGCAGACUCAGAUCACAUCGAUGGAGAAGAACCUGAAGAACAUCGAACACGAAAACAAAAUGAUUGAGGAGCAGAAUGAAGCUCUAUUUAUGGAACUUUCGGGUCUGAGCCGCGCCCUCAUCCGCAGCCUGGCCAACAUCCGCCUGCCGCACAUGGAGCCAAUCACGGAGCAGAAUUUUGACCGCUACGUGAGCACCCUGACCGACAUGUACACCAACAAGGAGUGCUUCCAGAGCCCGGAGAACAAGGCCCUGCUGGAGACCAUCAACAAGGCUGUGAAGGGCAUCAAAGUGUGAGCUGCCCCCAUCCACCCCUCGAUUACCCCGAUACCACCCCAAUACCACCCGGAUACCACCCUGAUACCACCGUCGCCCGGGGCAACUACCAUCAACACUCACAAACAAAAAGGGAAUUCAGGUUUUCAAACACAUGGAAAAAUGUACAAAAGUCUACCCAGGGAGCACUGAAGAAACGCGGACCAAACUCUACACCCUGCUGCUGUUGGGACGGGAACCAAAAUCCUUCAAAAAGAAUGAAAAUUAAUGUUAAACCGAAUGGGAUUUGAAAUGCUGUAUGUUUACCCAUCGUCUAUUUUUAUGUCCUUAAAUGUUUUUGGAAGACUACAAAAA